GAACCUUAUUCUCAGAAAGGCCAAAUCCACUUUGCAGCAUGUCAUAUAUACAGUAUAUAUAUAGUAUAUAUGUUUUAGGUCUUGAAGUGAUAUCCUAGAGUAACUCGUAGUAGAACAUCAGUUUGUAAGCAAGGGCACGAUUGAGUGCGUGAAAAUAGAAAAGAGAAAAAAAAAAAACCCAAAGUGCUUGUCCACUUCCUGUGAGAAGCCACUGUUCGCUGUUUGCUAUACAACAGAAGUAGGAAGAGAAACCUGUUUGUGUUGAGUGGGGUCUGCUGAGCUUAGAGGGAGAAAGCGAAUGUGAGUGAGAGAGAUCCUGCUUUCUUUUACAGCUCUGAAACCGGUUUGAGGUACAGUAGAGUGUAAGGGCCGGCGGGUGGUCAUGAAGCGCAGGUCAAAGGAGAAAGUUCAGGAGAACGUGAGCAGUCGCUUGCUCACUCCUCAGGAGAAUGAAAGAAUUCUGGAUCUGCUGGGCAGGAGGUGUGUGUCACUGUGUACGACAGUGGUGCAGUUGUUCAUGGCUCUGCCUCACAGCCCUGGCAGCUGGAAUCUGCAGUAUACAGGCGUGCUCUGCUUCGUAAAGGACAAUCCUCAACGCUCCUACUUCAUCCGCCUCUACGACAUCAUGGGAGGUAAACUUGUAUGGGAACAGGAACUCUUUAGCCAGUUCUCCUACUACAGACCCAGAAACUUUUUCCAUACCUUUCAUGCAGAUGAUUGCCAGGUGGGCCUGAAUUUUGCAAGUGAAGAAGAAGCUGAAAACUUUUUCCUUAUAGUGGAUGAGAAGAUCAACCAAAGAAAUAAACACUCGGAGAAGCGGCAGGGAAAAGGCCAGUCUAUCAAUCGAGAUUAUGAUGCAUUGCCACCACUACCUCCAAAUGGUUCUGGAAGUCAGAAUGCACUUCCGCUUGGAAAUUUGAACAUCCAGAAUCAAGCACCUCCCACCAAGUCAAAGAAAGACAAAAAGGAGAAGGAGAAGGAGAAAAAGAACAAAAAGGACAAGAAGGGCUCCAAAUUAUCUAAGGCAGCCAUUGGAGCACCUAGUGGUUUUACGCAUGUUGGGCAUCUUGGUAUGGAUGCCAAUAGCGUGGACCCAGAUUUGAUGAAGCUGCUGUCACGUGCUGGAAUUAGUGAGGCAGAUAUGAGGGAUUCUGAGACUUCACAACUUAUCUACGAUGUAAUUGAGCGUUCAGGUGGAGUGGAAGCACUCGCGGAGGAAUUGAACCGGCAGGAAGCCCCUCCACCUCCACCUCCUGGUACUCGUCGGACGUCUCUUCCCCCAGUACCUGCUGGAUCUUCUCAAACUCGUUUAGGGCCCUUACCACCUCCUCCUGGAGGAGCUUCAUCCACUGGCCCUAGGUCCUCUUCUGGACGCUCUCUACCACCCACACCUUCAGGACGCUCAGGACCCCUACCACCACCCCCAGUGGCACAAGGAGGACGCAGAGGGCCCUUACCCCAACCCCCAGGUUCACAGGGAGCACCUCCAGCAAGAGGUGGACCCCUACCACCAGUACCAGGUGGGCAUAGUGGUUCCCUUCCCCCACUACCAGAUCGGGGUGGCCCUCCGCCAUCUACUAAUUUUCAACGUAGUGGACCCUUACCUCCCCUUCCUGGAAGGGGUGGUGAACCUCCCCCUCCUCCAGGACACCGAAGUGCACCACAACGCCCACCAUCAAGAGAGCAAAGUGCCCCCAUUCCUCCUGGACAUUCUGCUGGAUCUUACCCAACUUUACCAGGAAGACGGACUGAAUCUUUACCACAACCCCCAAGUGAUGAAUUUUAUUUGCUGCCACCUCCAACACUUCCUGAUGAGUUCCCUCCUUCCCCAUCUUCUGAUUUUCCUCCACCAGAGAGUGAUGAUUUACCACCACCGCCAAUUUCAUCAGAGUUCUACCCACCUCCACCAAAUGAUUGGAAUGGUUCUGCCAGGGUCCCAAAUCCACCCUCGUGUAAUUCUAGCAUAGGAGGUCCACCACCCCCUCCUGCACCUCCACCACCUCCUGCUGCCCCAGCACCCAAAUUUGAAAGUGGGCCACCACCUCCCAAAGCCAGCAGUGGUGGAGGAGGAGGAGGAGGAGGAGGAGGAGGGGGAGGAGGAGGAAGAGGAGCAUUGCUGGACCAGAUACGCUUAGGAGCAAAGUUAAAAACGGUAACCGCCAGCCCUGAUCCACCCCCCUCUGCUGGACAAGAUUCAGGAGAGGGAAUAGUUGGAGCUCUUAUGAUGGUCAUGCAGAAGAGAAGUAAAGUCAUUCAUUCAUCAGAUGAAGGAGAUGAAUUUGAUGAUGACGAAGAUGAAGAUGAUGAGUGGGAUUAAUCUGAAAUCAAGUACUGCGUCCCACUGAUCAUCAGCAUAACCACAUGGGAAAUGUGAUGAAUAACUGAAUAAUUUCAAUUUGCUCUUUUAAUAUAUUUUCUAAUUAAAUUAUAAACUGCUAGUUGAAAAAACACCAUGAACUCAUUUUGAUAACCUGUUUUAUUUUAAAUAACACCAAUUCAGCAGUAACUCAUUUGCUCAGCGUGUCAGACUGAGCAUGUGAAAUGCCAGUUCCAUAAUCUAUGU